CAAGGAAACGCAGAGGAGAUGGAGGGGGACAAACUCAUGGUACCCCCCAGUGGGGACCAUGGGUCUCAGCGAAGUAGCGUCUCUUCCACUGGUCCUCGUGCGCAGGAUGUCCUGGUUUAUCUUGUCGAUGACACUGUGGUGCGCCUAACGAUGGACAACCUGCCCUCCGUCACAGCUCACGAGUUGCAUCGGAUGGUGUUGGAUGUGCUGAAGCUGCCCGAAUCUGCUCUCGAGAUCUUUUCCUUGUGGCUGGUCUCCCCUUUCCUUGAGGUUCAGCUGAAGCCCAAACACCAACCGUAUAAGAUCUGCCGGCAGUGGCAGGAUCUGCUCUUCCGCUUCACCAGCUGCUCUGUGGAUGAGAUUGUUGAAGAUGAACCGUCGCUUCAAUUCCGUAGAAACAUCUUUCAUCUGAGAAGGAAAGAGCUGCAGAUUCAGGAUGAAGACGUCCUGCGGCUCUUGUACGAAGAGGCCAAGUACAACAUUCUGGGAGGACGGUAUCCGUGUGAGCUCACCGAUUGUGAUGCGCUGGGAGCCCUGGUGUGCCGGAUCAACUUGGGCCCCUACAGUCCGGAGCAGCACACGGCUUCCUUCCUGAAAGAGAAGCUGGAUUCCUUCUUGCCUUCCCACGUUUGCCACAGAGGCCACAAGCGCUUUGCCAGCCUUUGGAAACGGGCUGGCUCCCGCUUGCCCACCAACGAGCAGGGUCUCCUGCGGGCCUUUCGUGAGGUCCCGGAGGCAGGGGCUUGUGAAGAGCACGCCACGCUGCUCAGGCUGUACCACGCCUACCUGCAAAAGUGCCACGAGCUUCCUUAUUAUGGCUGUGCCUUCUUCUUUGGGGAAAUAGACAAGCCGGUUCAGGGAUUGCUGCAUCGGAGUGGACGCAAAGCCGUGAUAGUGGCCAUCAGCCUGGAGGGCGUCUAUAUCAUUGACAGCAAGGAGAAGUAUGUUCUGCUGGGCCUGCGCUUCCAGGAACUGUCAUGGGAUCACACGUUUCCCAGCGAGGAGGAACAUAUUCUCUGGCUGGAAUUUGAUGGGGAAAACGAAGGCCAGCAAGUCAACAAACUGCUCAAGAUUUACUCUAAGCAAGCCGAACUGAUGAGUAGUCUAAUUGAAUAUUGUAUUGAGCUGAACGGGUCUGCCAGGGGGCUGGAUUCAGAGCCCGCCACGGCUGCAGUCCCCACAUCUGAUCAGCAGCCUCCCAGCAUUCAGCGACAGGGCAGUGUGCUCUGCAGCCGGAUCCAGCGUUUAGCCACCAUCGACUAUGUUGAGGAAGGGAAAGAGAUCAAGAGGGUGAAACCUCGACGCACCACAUCCUUCUUCGGCCGCCAGCUGUCAAACGCCCCUACCUCCUACUCAGCAGUACGGGCAGCUGAGAACUUGGAACAGGGCUGAUCCCCGUUUUGUUCCGGGGGGUAGAAAUGGGACCAGGCCACUUUGGGGCAAGGUGACUCAAAGGCCAGCAUCCUUGACUCUGCCUUUACUUGCCGUCUACCUCUAUCUCCAACCCCUCCUGUGUAUAUUUCCUUACAGUGUCAGACUUCAUUCCUGUGCUCAGUCUUAUACAGGUUGGGGCUGUCAGAAUGUACCAAGCCACCGUAUACCCCAGAUGUUGAGUUUGUUUCGGCAUGCAGCAGAACUGUUGUAAGAGAUCCGUUCUCCCUGCCACAAUAGUGCCAUGGUUACAGUUUUCCCAGACUCAUUUGACCGUGAGUCGUAAUCCUCAACUGCUGAUUUCUCCCUGCUUCUGCAUGAUUUUCAGGAAAAAAAGGAAUCUCCCACAAUCCCCAUCUUGUCUGUGAAUUACAGUGUUUAUAGCUCAAACCUUUGGAAGAGGGAAGGAAGGCACCCAAGUUGUUCUGUGGGGCAGAAUGAGCAAAUUACAGUUUUUCUUUUUUGCAAAUGUAUUGUGUAUUUGAAAAGGGGAGAGUCUUUUCAUUCCUCUUUCCUCUGCAUCUUGAGAGUUGUGUGCUGGUUUUUUUUGGCUCUUUCCUCCAAGUGGAUGCUUGCUCCUCUUUGUCCAGUGCCAACAGAAAUGCAUCUGGCUGGUUUCUAUGCCCUUUGAAUUUCCAUUUGGAAAAAAAAAGUGUUUUUUUUUUCCUGUUUAAAACAAACACUGCAAUGUGUCUUUUCCUGGCAUCCAUGUUUGGAUUGUGUUUGUCCAUCUAUUGACUUUUUAUCUAGGGGGUUGUUGCAAUAAAGACAAGAA